AUGCGGGGGAAAGUGGAAAUGAGCGCGCCCGUUCGGCUGGUAGUCUCCUCCUUGGUGAUCUCCGCUGGUCGCGCCAGCGCUGACGCCGGUGAAGACGACAACUACCGCGCUGGGUUUGCUGAUCGCGCACUGCGCGCCCGCAAGAAGCAGCGUGCAGCUGCGCAGGUGUACCGUGGAGUGCGCUUCAUCCCGCCGACGUCUAAUGCGGUGGAGCUGCUCUUCAGCAAGGCACGCCACGUUCUGUUGCUGCACCGCCACAAAACACCAGACUCAAGAGCCCACGUGCUGGUGCACGCCGCUCCGGACGCGCCGCUGGAGAAGACGCUGGCAGUCGCCGCCAUCAUGGACGGCACACCCUCCGGUGCCUUGCUGUCCACGACCGGACUCGCUGGACUCGCCAACCGUGGCCUCCCUGGGCGAGCUACUGGCCACCGAUGGCUCGCUGCUGGCUACCAGCGCCCGACGACCGUGGGCGAGCUGCUGAUCUCGCUGGACUCGCCGACCGUGGCCUCCCUGGGCGAGCUGCUGGCCACCAAGACGCUGGUGGCUGCAGGAGACAAAGGGCGUGGCACGCUGGACACCGAAGGCGAGCUGCUGGAGACCAAGGACGUGCUGGACCCGAAGACCAUGGCCCCCGUGGACGAGCUACCGAAGACCAAGGGCACGGUCAAGCUGCUGUACAUCAAGCGCGUCUGA